CGCCAUUCCGACACCAUGUUGGCAAAAGCUUUGACAUUGUGCUGCCUGAUGGCACUCGCACUGCCAACUUUGGCUGAGGAAGGCUGGUGGCGCUCGGCACAGUUCUAUCAGAUCUAUCCGCGCUCCUUCAAGGAUAGCGAUGGCAAUGGCGUUGGUGACUUGCAGGGUAUUACGCAACAGCUGGCAUAUCUGAAAGAGAUUGGCAUCACAGCCACUUGGCUAUCGCCGAUUUUCACGUCGCCCAUGGCGGACUUUGGCUAUGAUGUGGCCAAUUUCUAUGAAAUUGAUCCGGUCUUUGGCACCAUGUCUGAUUUCGAGGCACUUGUGCAGAAAGCCAACCAGAUGAAUAUUAAAAUUAUUUUGGACUUUGUGCCAAAUCACUCGAGUGAUGAGUGCGAUUGGUUCAUCCGAUCGGCAGCUGGCGAAGAGGAAUACAAGGACUUCUAUGUGUGGCAUACUGGAAAGGUGGUCAAUGGAAUUAGGCAGCCACCAAAUAAUUGGAUUAGCGUAUUCCGUGGAUCGCAGUGGACCUGGCAUGAGGGUCGUCAGGCCUACUAUCUGCAUCAGUUCCAUGCCAAGCAGCCGGAUCUGAACUACCGCAAUCCCAAGGUUGUUGAGGCCAUGAAGGAUGUGCUCCGUUUCUGGCUGCGCAAGGGUGUAUAUGGCUUCCGUAUCGAUGCCGUGCCGCAUGUUUUUGAAGUCGAAGCCGAUGUCAAUGGCAACUGGCCCGAUGAGCCGCGCAAUCAAUAUGUCAGCGAUCCAGAGGAUUAUGCCUAUUUGGAUCAUAUCUAUACAACUAAUCAGCCCGAGACCAUUGAGCUGGUCUAUGAUUUCCGCCAGGUGCUUGAGGAGAUAGAUCAGGAGCUGGGUGGCGACGACCGUAUCCUCCUAACCGAGGCCUAUGCCCCACUGGAUGUCCUUAUGCAAUACUACGGCAACGACACCCGCAAGGGUUCUCAGAUCCCAUUCAACUUUGAGCUCCUCGCCAACGUUCACUACGACUCGAAUGCGUUCGAUUACGCGCAGCUGAUCCACAACUGGCUGGACAACAUGCCCGCUGGCCAAGUGGCCAACUGGGUGCUGGGCAAUCACGACCAGAGUCGAAUUGGAUCACGACUCGGGGCGGAUCGCAUCGAUGCCGCCAAUAUGCUGUUACUGAUGCUGCCCGGCAUUAGUGUGACCUAUCAGGGUGAGGAGCUGGGCAUGCUGGAUGUUUUCAUCAGUUGGGAGGACACGGUGGAUCCACAGGCCUGCCAGUCCAAUGAACAGGAGUUUGAGCGCCUUACACGCGAUCCCGUUCGCACGCCAUUCCAGUGGAGCGAUGAGGCAAACGCUGGCUUCACCAGUGGCCCAACCACCUGGCUGCCCAUCUCAAAGGACUACAAGCUGGUGAAUGUGAAGCGGGAGCGUGGCAUCGCCCUCAGUCAUCUUAAUGUCUACAAGCAGCUGCGUGCCCUGCGAGAUGAGCCCACCAUGAAGGAUGGCGAUGUCACCGUCAAACCCAUUGGACCCACUGUGCUGGCCUUCAAACGGUCUCUUCCUGGUCAUAAGUCGUACAUAGUCGUUUGGAACCUGAACGAUGAUGUUGAAACGGUUAUCCUAGACUCUGUCUUCAUCGACCUGACCUCCGAGCUGCGCUACGUUGUUGUCACUAACAAAAGUAUUCGUCGCAAGAAUGAUUUGACCUAUGCCAACUCAGUGCUCUUGAUGCCCAAAGAAGUUAUUGUACUUAGCACUGUUUAACAACCUGAUUUCUCAUUUUUAUUAAGUUCAUUUGUGUUCGUUGAAUAUCUGCAAUGUCAAUUCAGAUUAGGCAACCAAAAAUAUCAUAUAAAAUAUAAUACACAUAUACGCA